AUGACCGACGACGGCAACGACACAACAAAAGCACCGCCCCAAGGCAACGCGCCCGAGCAACCUGCAGCAUUUGGAGAGCCGGUCCCUACUACACCCGCUCCCGAAGUAUGUCGCGUAAGCGUCAAAGUUCCACCUUUUUGGCCGGAGGAGCCCGAGAUAUGGUUUGCUCAGAUAGAAGGGCAAUUUAGCUUGUCGAAUAUCACGGCAGACCAGACUAAAUUCAACUAUGUGAUCAGUCAUCUAGAUCUACAACAUUGCAAAGAAGUUAAACAUUUGAUUGUUUCACCACCUGCCGAAAAUAAAUAUAAAAAACUGAAAGAAGAGCUAAUCAAACGACUCUCCGCUUCUAAAGAUAAGAAGGUGAAACAACUGCUGAUGCAUGAAGAACUUGGAGACCGCAAACCAUCGCAGUUCCUCAGGCACCUCAGAGACCUAGGCGGGCCAACGCUGGCUGAAGAUCUGUUGCUGUCAAUUUGGAGGUCACGCCUGCCCCACAACAUUCAAACGGUUAUCGCUGUGCAAUCUGACGCUUCCCCUGACGUACUAGCAGACUUAGCGGACAAAGUCCAUGACAUCGCACCUUCAACUCCACAAGUUGCGUCAACGUCAUCAGAAUUUCCUGGCUCUUCCCUAGGUGAACUAAAAACCGAAAUCGCAGAACUAAGGAAAGAAAUGGAAAGCUUGAAAACCAACUUAAAUAGAUCUCGCUCACCGUAUCGUUCCGGGUCAACACGCCGUCAACGCAGCAAGUCCGUCAAGCGUUCAUCAUCGAACUAUCAAAGAUUUCCCGUAUGUUGGUAUCACGCCAAGUUCGGGAAAAAUGCAACAAGAUGUGACAAGCCAUGUGAUUUUCCGUCGGAAAACUUGCCGGGCAGUCAGUGA